CCCCCCCCCCCCCCCCCCCCCACUUUUGUCAAAGCUUUCUGCAGACUGCAGCUCUCUAAUCGCAAUAUGCUUGUAUAUAUAUUAUAUGUAUGCACAUUCCAUACAUAUAGAUAGCCGAAGAAUAAACUUAAUUUGUGUUGGGGUUUUCUUUUGAGUGCUUUCUAAAGCCAUGGAUUUUCAGAAGAAGCCGGUUCGGCUUCUUGUCUUAAUCGCCGCUAUCAUCGCUCUCAGCUUAGCAGCUGAAAAAUGUCGGCAACUGGUUGGGGAAGAGGCUUCAUCUCAGAGUGGGAAGUUUACAUUCUUGGACUGUUUUGACAUGGGCUCUGGAUCUGUAGCAUGCGCUGUGAAGGAGGGUGUGAAGCUGUAUGUCUACAACAUCAGAACCGUUCAUGUUGAAAAAGCGAGGCGUACUGCAAUUGAGACUGCCUUAGUUGAUGCAGUGUCACAGAGGAUGUCUAAUACAGAUGCCGCCAAACUAGCAGAGAAAGAAGGCGCAAAGGCCGCAAAGUUGGCAACCCGGCAAGCCAAGCGCAUUAUAGGUCCCAUUAUCUCUUCCGGAUGGGACUUUUUUGAAGCAAUAUACUAUGGUGGUACCAUGACAGAAGGAUUCCUCAGAGGCACUGGAACCUUAUUGGGUGCCUAUGCCGGUGGUUUCCUUGGAGAGGAAAGGCUUGGGAAGAUUGGCUAUCUUGUGGGAAGUCAUUUAGGCAGUUGGGUUGGAGGUAGAAUUGGACUUAUGAUAUAUGAUGUGGGUAAUGGAGUGCAGUACUUGCUUCAAUUUAUUCAAACUGAAGAAAAUGUAGUUCGUGAAACGCCAGCUUAUGAAAACUCUGAAGCUUUCGAGGAUUCAUAUACUUAUGAGGCUCCCUUGUAUGGUUCUGAAGCAUCUGAGCAUUCCAAUACUUAUGGAACUCCUGAUUAUGAGACCUCUGAAGCAUAAGAAGAAUCUGAUCUGUAGGUUCACUUUCUGAUUCUUUUCUUGAAAAAUUUAUUGACAAUAGUUACAUUAUGAUCAAAUAUUUUAGUGACUCGUAUAAAAUUUGUGUAUAAGCCUAUGUAUAGUCUUGUCUUAUGGUUAA